AUGCCCCUUUCUCCUAGUGGCGGGUGCUCCUUGUCUCUCGGCUUGGGCCGGGGUUUCAUGCGGCCGAAGCCCGUGGUUGCCGCUUCUGGAAGCCACGCUGCCCACUCUCCAGCCUCUUUGUCCGUCUGCUCGUCGCCUUUCAUCCUCCUUGCUCCUGGCUUCUUGGUUUCACUUUGGUUCGUGGUUGGUCCCGGCGGGCUCCGUAUGGAGUGCCACGUUGGUUGUCCGCGAGUGGUGAGCUUUAAUUUCUUCGGCUUCCUCAUCUUCGCUCAGCAGAAAAAGCCUUUGGACGGGCACAGCGUUCUACCACGCAUCCGCGUGCCAGGGGGACGAUGGCGGAUUUGGGCCUUGACUGUUGCGUGCACAUGGUUUCGGCGUUGA